AUGGAAGAUAUAUUUCAGUGGUGCAGAGAGGGAAAUGCCUUGCAAGUUCGUGUUUGGCUGGAUGAUACUGAACAUGACAUGAAUCAGGGUGAUGACCAUGGGUUCAGCCCUUUACACUGGGCCUGCAAGGAAGGUCACAUUAAAAUUGUUGAAAUGCUUAUCAGACGGGGAGCUAGAAUUAAUGUCACAAACAUGGGUGAUGACACACCUUUGCAUCUAGCUGCUGCCCAUGGGCAUAGGCCCAUUGUGCAACUGCUAUUACAAAACCGGGUGGAUGUCAACUUUACCAAUGAACAUGGUAAUUCACCACUACACUAUGCCUGUUUCUGGGGUUACAGUGCGAUAGCUGAAGACUUGGUUAUAGCUGGUGCUUUGGUGUCAUUGGCUAAUAAGGAUGGGGAUACUCCGCUCGAUAAGACUAAGGGUCAGCUUGUUCAAAGACUUCACGAACUGGCUGUAAACCAAGGCCAAGACCUGAAAAAGAUUCAGUUCAAGGAUCAGUCAUGGUUGGGAUUGAAGACAAGAAGUCGGGAUGCAACUCUUUCGAGGCAUAAGGGCAUCAAUAUUAAUGAGCUAGCUUUGCAUACUCGCAUUGCUGUUACUCCUUCUGGUGAGACAUGGCGCGGCCGUUGGCAGAAGAACGAUAUUGUGGCAAAAAUAAUAGCUGUCCGCGAGUGUACACCACGAGUGCAACGGGAUUUCAAUGAGGAGUUUCCUAAGCUAAGGAUAUUCUCGCACCCAAAUAUUUUGCCUGUGGUGGGUUGUUGUGUGUCCCCACCAUCACUCGUGGUGAUAUCACAAUACAUGUCAUGGGGUUCGCUCUACGCGUUGUUGCACGGCGGUGCUGGUGGUCGCGUGGUAGUGGAUGCAGCAGCAGCGCUGCGGCUGGCACGCGACGUAGCGGCCGGGAUGGCCUACCUUCACUCGCUGCAAAGGGAUCGUAUUCUACCCACUUACCAUCUUAAUAGCAAGCACGUCAUGAUCGACGAAGACCUAACGGCGCGCAUCAACAUGGCGGACUCGAAGUUCUCGUUCCAGGAGCGCGCGCGCGUGUACGCCCCCGCGUGGAUGGCGCCCGAAGCCCUGCAGAAGCCGAGCGCCAAGCGCAACUGGGAGGCCGCCGACAUGUGGAGCUUCGCGGUGCUCCUCUGGGAACUGGCCACUAGAGAGGUUCCAUUUGCCGAUCUGUCUCCAAUGGAAUGCGGGAUGAAAGUCGCCCUGGAGGGUCUGCGUGUGAGCAUACCGCCUGGCAUUUCGCCUCACAUCUCCAAACUGAUCAAGAUCUGCAUGAACGAAGACCCGGGGAAGCGACCUUCGUUCGAGAUGAUUUUACCCAUACUCGAGAAGAUGAAACGCUGA